CGAAGAUUCGUGUCGCUGAUAACCAAGAUAUAUGGGUAAAGGAUCCAAUUACCGGUCCCCAGCAGCAGCGCUGACACACGCAGGCCCCAUCAGCAUCCAAAUUCAAUGACCAAUAUUUCGUCCACUACUCCGUAAGCACCAUGGGCUCACAAGACUCUCAAAUCGGCGUUGCCACCUCUUCCUCCCUGUCAGGGCCCUGGAUAGACCACGGCUCUCUCAACCUCCCGCAGCACCCCACAUACAACCUAAUCGAUCCUUCUAUCUACCAGGAUUCGCCUGACGACACUCUCUACUUCACAUUUGGCUCCUACUGGUCCGGGAUCCAGCAAUUCGCCCUCCCCUCACACGAAUAUCUGAUGGCCGUCGACGGCACACAGACACGCAGCGAAGACAUACACACGAUUGUGACCAACACAACAGUCGCCGCUGCAGUCGUCGAAGGCGCAGUAACUUUCAAGCACGGUGGUUGUUACUACCUCUUCUUCUCCGUGGGCCUGUGCUGCAACACACCGACCGUUGGCCUCGCGGCUCCGGGCGACGAGUACAGGAUCGCCGUAUGUCGGGCUGAGAAAGUCACCGGGCCGUAUGUUGAUCGUGACGGGAGGGAUUGUAGACAGAGUGGAGGCUCGACGGUCUUGGCAAGCCAUGGGGAUGUUUAUGCGCCGGGCGGCCAGGGGGUUUUGGGAAUGGAUGAUGGGUGGGAUGUGAUGUACUAUCAUUAUGUGCGGCCGAGUGUGGGAUAUGCGGCGGAUCAGUUCUUUUUCGGGUGGAACUAUUUGGAGUGGAGAGAGGGCUGGCCUGUAGUUGUCUGAGGCCUCUGGUAAUGCUGGCGAUUGAGGACGACAACCUUUGAAGGCUGGCGGGAAUGGAGGCUUGAAGUGAGUGCUAUCUUUUGGCUGAAGGAGACAUUCGACUAUACUGUAUUGCUCAGCGUUCCUUGUUACAUUCAUCGUUUUCAUGACGGUAUAUCAAGAGGGUAGUAUUUAACACUGUACGAUAAGCUAUCCCUAGUAAAACCCACACUG